AUGGUUAAUCGGAGGCGCCCAAAAUGUGGUAGGCAUCGAUUCACUGCAGAGAAUCGUCGGAACAGCCAAUUCGAGCAGUACUACAAGGGGCAGAAUAUUGUUCCAGCUGAUGAAUGGGACCAAUUUAUGUAUGCCUUGGGUCAGGAGCUACCGAUUACUUUCCGAAUCACAGGAUUUCGUGGGCAUAGCAAGGAUUUAUUACGGUUCAUCAAGGAUAGGUACAAAACAGAAAUAUCGAAAAUGGAUUUUCCGGUCAAUGCGAACGGUGAACGAAAACCAGUUUCUUUUGAACCACUUUCAUGGUAUCCGGAUAAUAUGGCUUGGCAGCUUGACACGGACAAAUACGUGGUGCGAAAAACCCCUGGACUGAAAGUCCUCCAUCAGUUUCUCGUGUCGGAAAUGGAAUCAGGAAAAAUUAGUCGCCAGGAGGCUGUGAGUAUGUUGCCACCACUCCUGUUGGACAUCAAAGGUCAUCAUACAGUACUGGACUUGUGUGCUGCACCAGGGUCUAAAUCAGCUNCAGCUCAGCUUGUUGAAAUGUUGCAUGCAGAUGCGGAACGCAACAUAACAACAGACAACACGGAGGCUGUGUACGAGGAGCCUAGCGGUCUGUUGAUUGCUAACGAUUUGGAUCAAAAGCGGUGCUACAUGAUGGUGCACCAAAUUAAACGACUCCAGAGCCCAUGCGCACUGGUUACACAGGAAGAUGCUACCUGCUUCCCUCGGCUGUACUCUAUAUUUUCUACUAACGACAAGGUAAUUGAUACUUUGAAAACACGUUUGCCACUUGCUACGAAACUUUUUCACAUGCGAUCUCUCAUUUCGUUUACUCCGUGGUGUAACAUUGUAUCACUGUUACCUUCCACAAAUACAGCACACAACGAGUUCUGA